AUGCCGCGGAGAUCGGCCGGUACCCGUACUGGGCUGGAUGAUCAGGAAGAGGGCGAUCUAAGUCGGUACUUCAAUUCAGCCAUAAAGAGGUACGAGGCGGAUCAACGCACAGCUCAGCGAAUGAAUCGACAGCCAAACCGCCACCCAGAUCGCCGUACUUUUUUCCAACCCUCACACGAAAGCCAUGACAUGCCGGAUGUGGAGAUGGAAUCGGUGGAGUCGGACACUUACCAACAGAUCCAGCAUGGGGCGGAAUACGACCCGGAUGAUUUAUGGAUGCCCGAACCACGUCGCCCUCACGUAGCCGCGACCGGUGUGACUACCGGAGGGGGAAGCAUCACGCAGAGGAUCAGAAUCUCAGCGAUUUCUGAGCUGAAAGAAUUCUCAGGGAAGGAUCGGGAAGAAGACAAAGCGCGAACCUGGAUCGGCAAAGUGAAGUCAGCGUUUAUCCGGGACCAAACACCGGACAAAUAG